CUCUCUACCCUAAGUCCGAGGCACCGGGUCUGAGCCGACGCCCACAGUAUCAUUUAGUGUCUGUAGCUUUGACUGAUAUCCUGGCUCCCGCUCUAACGCAAACGCAACACCUGUCUUAGGAUCCCGAGCCCCUGAAUGCUUUGGAGAUAGGGAGUGCCAUGGUCCCCCCGCCUGGCCCUCCAUGGUCCUGCCAGCUUCAGCUUUUUCUCCUAGGGAUGACCACCCUCGUGACUGUUUCCCGAGCCCAGCUGGUGGUGCAUGAGGGGUCUCUUAGGGUGGAAGCAGUGGAAGGGGAGGAGGUGGUCCUCCCUGCAUGGUACUCGCAGAACGGGAUGAAGCCCUCUCUGAAACCUGACCCCCCCCCUUAUGUGCUAUGGUUCCUGGAACAAAGUGGGAAGGAAAUGGAGCAGGUGCUGUCCUAUCUUAAUGGAGUGUUAUUGAGCAAACCUCGAAUAUCCUUAGUAAAUUCUAUGCCUUCGGGAAAUGUAUCCCUGAGAAUAGUCCAGCUCCAGGAGCAGGACUCUGGACUAUACAGAUGUUCUGUGAAUGUGCAGGACCAAGGAAAAAGCAUGUCAGAUGUUGGCAGUUUGGAACUUGAUGUACUGGUGUCCCCAGCUACCCCAUCAUGUCAUCUCCAUGGUGUUCCAAGAAUGGGGACCAAUGUGACCCUCAGUUGCCUGACCUCAAGAAGCAAACCAGCUGCCCAGUAUAGUUGGGAGCGGCUUCCGCCACGGGCCCAGUUCUUCUUCUCACCUGCUGUAGAUAGUAUCCGUGGGUCUCUGUUCCUCACCAAUCUCUCAGCCUCCAUGUCUGGUGUCUAUGUCUGCAAAGCCAGCAACAAGGUGGGCAGUGCCCAAUGCAAUGUGACCUUGGAGGUAACUUCAGGGCCAAAGGCAGCAGUGGUAGCUGGAGCUGUGGUGGUCACUCUGGUGGUGCUGGUGCUGUUAGUUGUAUUGGUCCUCCUGUAUUGUCACCGGGAAAAAAUGCAAGAGGAACCAGCCAAUGACAUCAAGGAGGAUGCUGUUGCCCCUCGGACACUGCCCUGGCCUAAGGGCUCAGACACCAUCUCCAAGAAUGGGACCCUUUCUUCUGUGACUUCAGCCCGUGCCCUCCGACCACCCCAUGGACCUCCCCGAUCUGGUGCAUUGACCCCUACACCUAGUCUCUCUAGUCAGGCCCUGUCCUCUCCAGGGCUACCCAGGACAAACAGGACUCAACCUCCCACUGCAUCACCUGCUCUUGGAGGAGUAUCUUCUUCUGCCCUUAGUCGGAUGGGUGCUGUGCCAGUCAUGGUGCCUGCCCAGAGCCAGGCAGGCUCCCUAGUAUAAUUGCCCCUCCUUAUCUUGACUGAGUUAUUCAUUGGUAUGCCCUUUCUACUAGCACCUCAAGAGUGAUUGCCUGUACUGGGGGUUAGAAUGUUUUAAAGACAUCCAUACUCCAGACAGGUAGCCCUGCCCCAGACAUAUGCUUUCACUGGUACAGGGAACUACCACUGUGGAAACUCCCUCCUCUGAUAAAUUGGAAACUCAUCUAAAAUUUAUCAUUUUAGAGAGUUGAUGGGGACCACUAAGAGGUUAAUUAAGCAACUUCUCCAUAGUCACACAGCUGAUAUGUAUUAGUAAUAGGACUUUAACCUUGGUCAUCUUGGUUCCAAGGCUUGCCCUAACAUACCUCUGUAAUGCCUUGUUAUUAUGGAGAAAGCCCUAUUUCAGUAGAUCUCACCAAUAUUCACUUAAAGAACUGGCCUCUAGGUGGAAGAAGGCAUUAAGAAGUGAACCUGAGCUCAGAAAGAGUUUAGACCUCAGAGUCAACCCUCUGCCUAGUGACUGGAGCUGAAAUGCUUCCAAGAUGGGCUUAUGAGGGGCACAAUAUGGAAGGGCUUGUUUGUGAUCACUCCACCUUCCUAAGAUCCUUCCACUUUUAUCCUCCCUGGGAUCUUACCUCAGACCCAACCAUAUUAAUGACCUUUCUUGGCUGGAUUUUCAUUGGGGAAGGGCAGGAUAUAAUUUUUAGAAACUUCUUUGAAUUGUCUUUUUUUUUAAUGUCAAUAAAAUAGCUCUUAUUUGUAUGGAAA